AUUUAUAUAGAGUCCACUGCAGCUUUUACGCCAGGAGACCUCCACUUCUUCACUCAUAGCGAUAUACGGUAUGCCAUAGCCUCCAUUGCUGUACAUUCAUAUGUGACACGUUGCUCAGGCCAGUAGCCCCCGAUAUUGAAAUAUGUCCGCCACGAAGGAAGCCGUCUACACCCAUGGUCACAGCGAGCCUGUCUUGCGUUCGCAUAGCUCGCGUACAGCAAUCAACUCUGCCGCAUAUCUUCUCCCGCAUCUGAAGCCAGACAUGACCAUCCUCGACGUCGGAUGCGGGCCCGGAACCAUCUCCACUGAUCUCGCUACCUACGUGCCCCAGGGUCACGUCACCGCGCUCGACUACGCAUCCAGCGUCCUCGAAAACGCACGCGCAUCCGCCGCUGCGCGGGCCGUGCAGAACAUCAGCUUCACGACAGGCGAUGUGCACGCGCUGCCUUUCGCCGAUGCCUCCUUCGACGUCACACACGCGCACCAGGUGCUCCAGCACAUCACAGACCCCGUGCAGGCGCUGCGUGAGAUGCGCCGCGUCACGCGGCCCGGCGGCAUCGUCGCCGUCCGCGACGUCAACUUCUGCGCGACGUCCUGGUACCCCGACAGCGCGGCCAUGGACCACUGGCUCGACCUCUACCUGCGCGUCGCACGUGGGAACGGCGGCACACCCGACUGUGGUCGCCGGCUGCACGCCUGGGCGCGGCAGGCCGGGUUCGAUCCUGCGCGAGUGACGUGCAGCGCAGGCACCUGGAACUACCACACCCCCGAGGAGCGCGCUUGGCUUGGCGGUCUAUGGGCUGACAGGACUCUGCAAUCGAACUUCGCACCCACCGCGAUUAAGAACGGAUUCGCCACCCAAGAGGACCUCGAACGGGUGGCGCAGACUUGGAGGGCAUGGGCUGCGGACGAAGAUGGCUGGUUGACAAUGGUGCACGGCGAGAUUAUCUGCGCGGUGUGAUAGUCUGGUCAAUAAGACAGUAUUCUGGCUCUUGGCAUGAUUUUAGCGUCAUGAAGUAGUUUGGCGGACAACGCUGCACGUCAGAUUUCUUGCCUGUAACGUGUUCGCGAUGCCCCUGGGCGGUAUUAUCUCUAGUACUUUGUUCUGGAUCCUAAAAAACGCUGCAUUUACCCGAGCUCAGCGCUGACUGACAGCGCACAGUGCAAUGUAAGAUGUCACACAGCU